UUUCUUUCAGCUGAUAAUCUAAGAAACUUUGAUAAUUGAGUUUUGGAACCCUUUAAGGUGUUAUUUGUUUCAGAUUGAAAUAUGAAACCAUCAACUUGAUCAGUUCCAUAGAAUUGAGAUUUUUUAUUUUUAUUCUUUUUUAUCUUUUGGAUGAAAAACGAUGAAAAAAUCUAUCGAGUCCGAUCGAUGUAAUGAAUAUCUUCAUUAGAUUUGAACUGUUAAUUUGUUUGAAUGAAAUUUGUAAUCAAUUUGAUUGAUCAUCUAGAAUUCUAUCUCAAUUUGACGAGAUUGUGAAAACAUGAAUUUCAAUUUUAUUUUUCGUGCACAUUUGUUGUGACUGACAUCAGUGAGUUUUUUUCAUCACAUAGGGACUCCCAAUAAAUAUUUUAUGGAGACAACAAAUCAGUUGUUUUCCAUUUGAAAAUACAUUCUUCGCUCGUUUGGAAACAACGAAAAGAUUUCUUUCUUACGUAAUAUGAGAACACCAAUUACCGAAUCACCCUCAACGAAAACAAAUUUAUAUACAUAUAUAUAUUUUUUUCUAUUUAAUUCAAUAUAUUGAUUUUAUUAAUUCCAUUCUUCUCCUCCUAUUCUUCUUCUACUUCUAAAAUUCUAUCUGCUUAUUUCACGCACCGACGAUUUCUUUAUUUCCCUGUCCUCCUCCUACUCUGCCCCAAAUAUCAAGGAAAAUUCUGAACCAGGUUUUUAUUACAUUAUAAUGCCAAGAACAAGAAGAGAUAAAAGUGGUUUUCUCAUCCUUAGAAAACCGGUUUCGUAGAGAUUUAGUGGUAUUUAUUUUGGUAAUAAGCGGUUUUUCGUUUUCGAUAAUAGGAAGGAAGGAAUCAGGGGAAGCGGUUUGUUUUGUUUCGAAGUUGCAGAGAUUUAUCGUACGCGUGUGGAUAUAUAGGGAAGUGAGCUCCAUUGUUUAUUAGCAAAGCCGUUGAAAGAUAAAGAAUUAUUAUAAAAGAGAAAAGAGAAAGUGGUUUAGUUUUUUUUUCUUUCAGAAAGAAAGAAUGAAGCUGAGAAAACCGGUUUUGUUCUUGUUGUUUCUCACCGUUCUUGCUCCAAUCGUUCUUUAUACUGAUAAACUUGUUUCAUCUUCUAAGAAUGAUUUUGGUGAAGAAGUUUCCUCUCUGAGUUUUGGAGUUGAGAGCAGGCAAUUAAAUCUACUUCCAGAGGAAAUACCAAAGACAUUGAGAGAACCGAUUGGAAUCAUUUCUUCUGAGAAUUCAGUUUUGAAUGUCCCAGAGUCUAUUGAUGAAUUGCCAUCAGUGAAGUCAACAGAACAUAAAACCAGAGCAUUAUCUGCUACAGAAGAAGACGAUAAGGAAAAUCCAAUCAAGCUUGUCACUGGAGGGUUUAUUGCAGAGAAUGAGAGCGAUGAUGCUGGUGACGCACAGAAUUCUAAAUUUGUGGAUGAAAAUGAUAAGCAGGUUGCAAAUGAGAACAAGGGAGCCCAAGCAUAUCAGCAACCUGGAAAGACUACUAGAAAAUCUGAUUCAGGAGAUCACGUCACUAACAAGGUUGAAAGGCCGAGAGUUCAAACAGUCUUGUCAGAUGCUCGAGUUCGGCAUCUUAGAGAUCAGCUUAUUAGGGCAAGGGUCUACCUUGGACUUGGAGCAACUCGCAAUAACCCCCAUUAUAUCAAAGAACUGCGGGUGCGGAUGAAGGAAGUUCAGAGAGCACUUGGGGAUGCAUCUAAAGAUUCUGACCUACCAAGGAACGCAAAUGACAAACUCAAGGCAAUGGAGCAAGUUUUGGCCACGGGUAAGCAAAUUCAAGAUGAUUGUGCUGCGGUGAUAAAGAAGCUUCGUGCUAUCCUUCAUUCGACAGAAGAACAACUCAGAGUGCACAAGAAGCAGACAAUGUUCUUGACACAACUCGCAGCGAAAACUCUUCCUAAAGGUCUUCAUUGCGUUCCGUUGCGUCUUUCAACAGAAUACUAUUCAUUGAAUUCUGACCAGCAGCAGUUUCCCAAUCAAGAAAAACUUGAGGAUCCAAGUCUGUUCCACUAUGCAUUAUUCUCAGACAACAUAUUGGCUGCAGCAGUGGUUGUGAAUUCAACUGUUUCUCAUGCUAAGGAUCCAGCAAAACAUGUAUUUCACAUUGUCACAGACAGGCUUAAUUAUGCUGCAAUGAGAAUGUGGUUUCUUGCUAAUCUACCAAGCCAAGCUACUAUCCAGGUUCAGAACAUUGAAGAAUUUACAUGGCUGAACGCGAGUUAUAGUCCAGUUCUGAAGCAGCUUGGUUCUCCUUCCAUGAUAGAUUAUUACUUCAAGGCUGAUCGCGCAAAAUCUGAUUCAAACUUGAAAUUUCGGAACCCCAAGUACCUUUCCAUUUUAAAUCAUCUUCGUUUUUAUCUGCCAGAAAUCUUCCCCAAGCUCAACAAAGUUCUGUUUGUAGAUGACGAUAUUGUAGUACAGAAGGAUCUCAGUGGCCUUUGGUCAAUAGAUUUGAAAGGAAAUGUAAACGGUGCAGUUGAAACUUGUGGAGAAAGCUUCCACCGGUUUGAUCGUUAUCUCGACUUUUCCAAUCCUCUUAUUUCGAAAAACUUCGAUCCUCAUGCUUGUGGAUGGGCUUAUGGAAUGAAUAUCUUUGAUUUGGACGAGUGGAAGAAGCAGAAUAGAACAGAGGUUUACCAUUCAUGGCAAAGGCUGAAUCAUGACAGACAGCUAUGGAAGUUGGGGACGCUACCUCCAGGUCUGAUAACAUUUUGGAAAAGCACAUUCCCCCUGCAUCGGUCGUGGCAUGUGUUAGGACUUGGAUACAACCCAAGUGUUGGCCAGAAGGAAAUCGAUAGAGCAGCCGUCAUCCACUACAAUGGAAACAUGAAACCGUGGCUUGAGAUUGGCAUGCCCAAGUACAGGAACUACUGGGCUAGAUUCAUCAAUUAUGAACAAGCUUUCUUGCGUGACUGCAACAUUAAUCCAUAAAAGGGUUUGUUACCGCAUGUUCAACCUUGGAUAUAUUUAUAUAUAUUUAUCCCAGCGUCACUUCUGUAGCAUAUAAUUUUUGCAGGUCAUGAUACAACUUGCUUUCCUAGGUUCUUCUGAAUCGUGAAAGCUUUUGUUAGUGUGAUUCUUUCUUUUCCUACGAGUGUAGUUAUAGUAGCAUUAGCGGUAGCCUGAAGAAAGCCCUCAUUCAUAGAAUCUUUGUUCUCUCUCAAUCUUCUGUCUCAGCGUCCUUCUGCAGCAGUGCAGAUAAAAGUUGUAAAUGUUUUCAGAGACUUCAUAAUAUAAUAUCAUGUAGUAGUCAUAUUAGUUGGUUCCAUUCUCUCAAGUUCAUGUAUAUGCUAUAUUGGAAGGAGUCGAAGGACAGGAGUACCGUCGGCUGCCUUUCCUGGCGGACUUUUUUUUGAGGUGAAAGAAAAGAAAAAUGAGUUUGUUUAA